AUGUCCGAUGUCGUAGGUGAAUCUCAUCGAUUUCCACCGAUCGACGGGCUGCAUGACCGAUGUUGUAAUAUAUCAAAUGAGAGAUGCAGGACAGCGCCGCUUGAGUUCAUAAAGUCUCCAUCCCCUCGGUGUCUGUCUGCGAAACCUGCAAGUGCUUUUCCCUCUGAGUUGUCACUGCAUACUUAUGUUCUCGAACUUUUGAUUUGCAAAGACGUUAUACCUCGUGAGCUUCUAGUUCGACAUACAGAUCAAGGUCUAUACCGAGAUAUACUUACUUAUACCAAUCUCAUAUACACAUCUUCCUUUGAUCGCCACAGCUCACCGCCCUCCCACCGCUUGUUCCCCCACUCUUCUCCAGACUUUGUGUUUUGUAUCAGCGAAAGGACAACUGGGAUCAAACCAUCCAGCAUAUCAACUGGGAUCAACCAAGAUCAAACUGGGAUUGAGUGCCUGAUUCGGGCUUGGUCUUUUCCCUGCUCGUUUCUAGUCUACUUUGUGUUCUCUAGCAAUUUUCUGUCACUUGGCGCCUUGUGCCUUGCGAUUGCGAUUGUCCCAAGACUUGUUCGUGGUGAUCUGCACAGUCCUCCCAGUCCCCCUCGAUUGUCGACUCAUCCCGGCUUUAAAGACCGAGGAAAUUUCCCCGGCUUAUUGGCACGUCUCACAAUCUCCCCGGACUUCAUUCCUCCAAUACUCAUUGUUUCAGAGUGUCGCCCCUCUCGGACCGUCUAA